GGGGUUUCCGGGAGCGCGGGCGCCGUCGGGCCUGACGCGGCGGCGAGGAUGAGGAUGGCGGCCCUGAGGGGGCGCCGGUAGCGGCGGCGGCGGAGGAGCCAGGUCACCAGUCCACCCGCGGCUCAGUGGGCAGAAUCUAGUCCCUGUGAGCUCAACACGGCCACGUCAACAUGAAUGAGGUGUCGGUCGUCAAGGAGGGCUGGUUGCACAAGAGAGGGGAAUACAUCAAAACGUGGAGGCCCAGGUACUUUCUCCUGAAAAGCGAUGGGUCUUUCAUUGGGUACAAGGAGAAGCCGGAGACGUCAGACCACAGCCUGCCCCCUUUGAAUGACUUCUCUGUGGCAGAAUGCCAGCUGAUGAAAGUCGAACGGCCCCGUCCCAACACCUUCAUCAUCCGCUGCUUGCAGUGGACAACCGUCAUCGAAAGGACGUUCCACGUCGACUCCCCCGAUGAGCGGGAGGAGUGGAUCCGGGCCAUACAGAUGGUCGCCAACAGCUUGAAGAACCAGGAGCCGGAAGAGGACAGGAUGGACUACAAGUGUGGCUCUCCCAGCGACAGCACAGGCGCCGAGGAGAUGGAGGUGGCCGUGACCAAGACCCGGGCCAAGGCGACCAUGAAUGACUUUGACUACCUGAAGCUCCUUGGGAAGGGCACUUUCGGGAAGGUCAUCCUCGUGCGGGAAAAGGCCACAGGGCGCUACUACGCCAUGAAGAUCCUGCGCAAGGAAGUCAUCAUUGCCAAGGACGAGGUGGCCCACACCGUCACAGAGAGCAGAGUCCUGCAGAACACGAGGCAUCCGUUCCUCACGGCGCUGAAGUACGCCUUCCAGACCAACGACCGCCUCUGCUUCGUCAUGGAGUAUGCCAACGGAGGGGAGCUGUUUUUCCACCUUUCGAGGGAGCGAGUCUUCACAGAGGACCGUGCCCGUUUCUACGGGGCUGAAAUUGUUUCCGCCUUGGAGUACCUGCACUCCCGGGACGUCGUCUAUCGUGACAUCAAGCUGGAGAAUCUCAUGCUGGACAAGGACGGGCACAUAAAGAUCACAGACUUUGGGCUGUGCAAGGAGGGCAUCAGUGACGGCGCCACCAUGAAGACUUUCUGCGGGACGCCGGAGUACUUGGCCCCUGAGGUGCUGGAGGACAAUGACUACGGGCGCGCCGUGGACUGGUGGGGGCUGGGCGUGGUCAUGUACGAGAUGAUGUGUGGGCGCCUGCCCUUCUACAACCAAGACCACGAGCGCCUCUUUGAGCUCAUCCUCAUGGAGGAGAUCCGCUUCCCUCGCACGCUCAGCCCCGAGGCCAAGGCCCUGCUGGCCGGGCUGCUCAAGAAGGACCCCAAGCAGAGGUUGGGGGGCGGCCCCAACGACGCCCGGGAGGUGAUGGAGCACCGCUUCUUUGCCGCCAUCAACUGGCAGGACGUGGUUCAGAAAAUGCUCAUCCCGCCCUUCAAGCCGCAGGUGACUUCUGAGAUCGACACCCGGUACUUUGACGACGAGUUCACAGCACAGUCCAUCACCAUCACCCCUCCUGACCGAUACGACACCUUGGACUCGCUAGAGGCCGACCAGCGGACCCACUUCCCCCAGUUCUCCUACUCGGCCAGCAUCCGGGAAUAGGGGGGCAGCGGCACUCCCCCUACAGUGCCCCCGCCAGAGCGACGGCGGGGCUUGCAGGACGCCAGGACACUCUGCAGGGGGAGGGUGCCCCCCCAUCUCACUGGCCCUGCAGCGCCCCAAAUCGGGGGGCUGGGCAAACAGCCUCCCCCACCAGGCAGCAGCAACAGCGCAGGGGGGGCCCUGCUUCCCCGCCAGGAAUCCGCUUGGACCACAGGAGCCACCACAGCCGCUCCCCCACCUGUUGUCAAGUUUUCAGAGCAGAUGGACUUGGGGGAGGCUUUCCUCGACUUUCAAGGAUCUGCACCCUGCCCUGACUGGGGGGCUGUUUUCGGAUGUUUGCUUGGAAAGCUCCCCGGGCAGGAGAAAGUGCGUCUCCCCCCACCCUGCAAGGACGUUGGUGAAGCCAGGUGGGGGGUCACUGGAGGAAGAGAGACAGGAGAGCCUGGGGGACUCCCAGAGGGCAAACUGACACGGAGUGUGUGCUGCAGAGACACGUUUUCUUGGGGGGGGGAGCUGGACCCCCCCUUUGCCGGAUGGCCAGGGACGCUGCGGGGGGAGGUGUGAAUACUGGGCCCGUCAAGCCAGGCUUUGCGCAGUGGAGACAGACUGGGUCACCCACGGUUCCAACUAGUAGUGGGGUUUUUUUGGGGGGGGAAGAUGGGGGGCACACCUUUCUGAGCUUUGGAAAGCAGCUGUGCAGAGUUCCUGGGUGCUCUUCCAGGUCUCCUCGGAUGCGCGGAGCGGGUGCCACUGCUGCUUGGGCGGCCUUUAGAGGAGGGCAAGGUGGGCUCACCCCCCUGGUGCCACCGCCCUCCCCUUCCACCCCAGCCUGGUCAUCCUCCUGUGGGGAAAGAGCGCUGCAUGGUGCCCUCCAUCACUGGAACAUGGCUGGGUGGGGGGCGGCCAGAGGAAGCCCAGGCUCCUCGGAGGGUCAUGGAGUCUCCCGGGGUUUCCCUCCCUGGCUGGGGGAGCCUCCCUUGCUGCACCUCAACGCUGGCGGUGUGGCUUGUGCAGUUGCUGCUACCUCUUUGACCGCGGGCAAAGCGUUGACCUGCCUGGAGCCCUGGAGAGUGAAAGAGGGAUCGGGCCCUGGGCGGUUCCUAGCUCCUCCAGCCUCCAGCAAGCCUCUCCCCCCGUCUUUCUCAUGGCUGGUCCAGGGGCAGCUUGGCCUUCCGCGCUUGUCCUGGCACAACUGUUAGUGCCCUCCUUCCCUCCCAGCAGGCUUGUGGGCUAAAGCAGCCCAGGGGUGGCACUGCCGUUUGAGCAUGAGAGCCUGCGCCCCUGGGUGUCUGCUUGUGCAGACGGAUCUCUCAUCCCCCUCCCCAAGAGGCUUCAUUUGGGGUUACCUGGGCAAGAUCUCGCCAUCUCCCUCUCUUAAGUCUGCUGCCUUGUUCUUGGUGGGGCAGAGGUCCGGUGGCAGAGACAUUUGCCUGCUGUGGCGGCAGCGCCCGGCUGGAGAGCAAAAGCAAGGCCCAGGCUCCUUUGCCAAGACCACCACCGCCUUGGCCAACGUGGGGAUGCAUGGAGUGACGGGGAUGUUGCAGGAAGAACUCCUUUUUCUUCCGGGCAAGGGUGGCCCUGGGCAAAGGGCCUCUGGACUGGCCGGCGCCUGAGUCUGUGUUCAUUUGGUUGUGCUUCUUCAAGUCGGCUUCUCCCUCGGCUGGGGCAAGGCUUUCCCGCGUGCCCCCCCACAAGUACCACAGAAUAUCCAGGGAGGGGAAGGUGGUCAGGGUGAAAGACUGGGUGUCCCCACCUCCCUCACUGAUGCUAAGCCCACUGCACCCCUUUCUAUAAUGAGCUUUUUAGUGGGGAUUCAAACCCCAGCACCACCAAAUGUGUUUUCGUUUUUGCAGGAGAUGGGUGAGGCGGUUGCCCCUUAGGUGCUUUUGGUUCACUUGGCUACCGUAAGGCGGGAAUGUUGGGAACCCUUUGCUUACCCCUUUCUGGAAUGCGAAGGAACAGAGCGAGGGGCAUCGCAGUGCCCGGGGGGGGAGGGGUCGAGAGAGCAGCCCUCGUUCUUCACCAGCUCCUUUGAACCAAAGGGCAUUGUGGGGGGAGAAUCUGCAGAGAAAGGGGCUCAAAAAGAGGGCAGUGUUUCCAGGAGCCGGGCUGGGGCAGGGGCGGCUUGUGAGAGGGGUGGCAUUGGGGGGGCAGGAGCGGAGACCUCCCUCCAGAAUGGUCCCUUGCCCCCCCCCAUGGCCUGACUUGACCUCCUUUGGCGCAGCAUCUCUCAAAAGGGCUGGGUUUGGGGGGAGAAUGAGACUGCUCCCAUUGUGCUUUCGGGGCCACUGUAGACCAAGGCCAGUAGAGCAGGACUGGGGUUGGGGGGGCUUGGCUGAGGGAGCCCGCCCAGACCGCCAUUGCAAAGCCCCCUUGUGACCUUGCAGCGACCUAGGCUCCAUGCAGGUCAAGCUCUCCGGUGGCCGCACUUAGGCUUCCCCCGGCUGCCCCGCGCCAGCUCAGCGCCCUCCUGCCCAGGUGGGCAGCUGCGGAGUCCCAGCCCGGGCAGGGGAGGUCUCCCGACCCAGGUGGGCUGAGCUGCUUUUGCUGUGCCAGGACGGGGGUCCGCAAGGAGCGUGCGGCCUGCCCGUUCAUUGCCCACGGUGGUGGGGUGUGGGGCCGGCCCUCCGCCUUCCUCCACCACAGCAGAGGUGCCUUCCUGGGGUCAAGCCCCAGUUCUCCAAGCCUUAACCUCCUCUCCCCUCCUGCCCCCUGCUUCAACAGGAAACAUUCCUGGGGGGGCUUUUGGUCCAAGGUCCUGGCGAUCUUGGCUGGGACCCCCGUCAUUACCUCAUGCCUGCCGUGGGGGCAAUGCGCAGAGGGGAGAGGGCUGCCUUUCCAUCGCUGGGGGGGUGUCCCAUCCUGCUCUCCCCCUCCUCUUGCAUACGGUUGAAUGUAAACUCACCUGGCGCAAAAGGUGGGUGGCUCUGAGGGAGGGACACCCCCCACGGCACUUCUCAUCCUUUCUCUCUGGCUCAGGCCAGCCACGCCCUCCCCCAAAAUGUGACUUUUUGCUGCCUUUAGUUUCUGUGGGCCUGGAGCAGAGGGGAGGGCAGAGCCUCAGCGGCCAUCAGCCCCUCCGAAGAGCCUUGGGGGGGGGUCUGGCCCCUUUCCAUUCCUCACCUGCAGCGGGUGCGAAUCUUCACCACCCAGCACUGGGAAGGGAACUGGGUUGACAGGCAGCAGGCUGCCUGAGCUCACAACUCAGGUACCCCUGCCUCGCUGCUGUGCCAUCCCUGCCUUGGCAAGCCCAGCUUGCUGACGCCACGUGGACACAAGCUGGAAGAGGCUCGGCCGCUCUGAAUCGUUGGCCUGCGGAGGGGGGAUUGGCAAUGGUGAUGCCUCCCCACAAGCAUGGAGGGGGGUUUGGUGGGGGGCUGCUGAGCCCUUCUGACCCCUUUGGCCUCCUCUGACCCCCCCCCUCCACUCGGCCUUUCAUUUCAAUGCAGGCCUUUGACACUCGUCUGACUCCAAAGCGCAGGCAGCCUUAGAAACCUCCAUUUAGGUGCUUAAAGGUUUUAUAUGACUUCAGAAGCUUUUUUUCCCCUCGAGGAAACCAUAUUUGGAUCGCGACUAUAACCUUACAGGACCUUUCCGAUCCCGUGCGAUGUAUGUUCUACAGAAUUCAGGGGGGGUGGUCCUGGAUAUAGAGGGAGGGGUGUUACACACACACACACACACACACACACACACAAAAUCUUUGACGAAGGGGGUUAAUAAAGGGGUUUUUUCCACUUAGUUUCCGUAGUUGUGAUAGUUGAGGUUUAUUAACUUAAUACUGACCCUCUUCAGCGGCUUUAAUUGGGACCGCCUGCCUUCCGCUGCUGUGCUGUGUUUUUUCUCUGCGAUUUCUCUCUCCAGCGCUGGAAGGCGACUGCGAUGGCACUUCUCUUCGCCCGGAGGGGACGGGGGGGGGCAGGGUCUGGCUCCCCUCCCACCCCGAGCUCACCCACUCAGUUUGUAAAAUAAGUUCCGCUUGAGAGGCAAGUCCUCCAGAGCAUCUUUUGUGGGGAGGCGUGCCAGGCGAGAGGGGCCUUCCUUGGGCGUCUCCGCGGUGCCUCCCUCUUCUCCUUCCCUCUGCUGCCCUUGGAUUUGUACGGUACGAGCAAUAAAAGGUUUUGUUUUUCUUUCUA